AUGUCUGUCACGCUUCACACGUCGCUGGGCGACAUCAAGAUCGAGGUAUUUUGCGAGAGCGUCCCCAAGACAUCAGAGAACUUUCUGGCUCUUUGCGCCUCCGGCUACUACGACCAGUCGCCCUUCCACCGCCUGAUCCCAAAGUUCAUGGUGCAGACCGGAGCGCCCGCCAACCCAACGGCCGAAAACCCAAAGGGCGGCCAGUCGAUAUGGGGCGCCCCUUUCGAAGACGAGAUCCGGCCCGCGUUGAGACACGGCGGCCGGGGCUUCGUCUCCAUGGCCAACAAGGGCCCCGGCACCAACGGCUCGCAAUUCUUCAUCACGUUCGAUAAAGCGCCCCAUCUAGAUGGCUUGAACACCGUGUUUGGCAAGGUGAUUGGCGACGAGGGCUUGGUGACGCUAGCCAAGAUGGAGGCCGUGGAGGUGGACAAGAAGAGCCGCCCGAAGGAGCCUUUUCGAAUCGAAAAGGUGACUAUACACGCAAACCCGCUGGCUGAAUAG